UUACAAUUCCAAAAGAGAAAGAAAGGAAAACAAAAAAUGAAUGGAAGCUCAGGCAGCAUAGACGAAAGUGAUUCCCUAAACGUUUCCAUUUCACCUUCGUCUCCCGACUCUCGCUGCCGCCUUGGAAAUGGAAGUGGAACCAGCAGCGUGGUUUUGGAUUCUGAAGCUGAAUCAAGAAAGCUCCCGUAUUCCAAGUACAAAGGCGUUGUUCAUCAACCCAACGGCCGAUGGGGUGCUCAGAUAUACGAGAAACACCAGCGCGUCUGGCUUGGAACUUUCAAUGAACAACAGGAGGCUGCCAAAGCCUAUGACAUAGCUGCUCAAAGGUUUCGGGGUCUUGAUGCCGUCACCAACCUCCAUAAAUUUGAGGAAGAUGACAUGGAAAUGGCCUUCCUCAAUUCACAUUCCAAGGCUGAAAUUGUUGACAUGUUGCGAAAGCAUACCUACAAUGAUGAACUAGAGCAGAAUUGGAGAAGCUAUAGCUCCCAUGGGAAUGGCAAACCAAAGGAUGCGGGAGUUGGUUCCUUUUCCUUUGGCCUUGAGCUCAAGGUCCGUGAACAGCUUUUCGAAAAAGCUGUGACACCAAGCGACGUUGGAAAGCUGAACCGACUCGUAAUACCAAAGCAGCAUGCCCAGAAAUACUUCCCUUUGGAAACUGGGAAUGCUUCCAAAGAAAUUCUCUUGCACUUCCAAGAUGUGACUGGCAAAGUUUGGAGGUUUAGGUAUUCAUAUUGGAACAGCAGCCAAAGUUAUGUGUUUACAAAAGGGUGGAGCCGCUUUGUUAAGGAGAAGAAUCUUAACGCCGGCGAUAUUGUUAGUUUUCAGAGAUCGACGGGGACGGAUAAACAGCUUUACAUUGACUGGAAGGCAAGAACAGGCUUGGUUUCGAGUUCGGCUGGACCAGUUGAAAUGUUCAGGCUAUUUGGGGUCAACAUAAUUAAGAUACCUAGUGGCAGUGCAAGUGUUUGUCUCGGUGGAUGUAAUGGGAAAAGGACUAGAGAAAUGGAGGUGUUCGAAUUAGAGUUCAACAAGAAACAAAGGGUGAUUAAUGCUUUGUAACAUUACCUAAUUUUCUCUUUAAAUUUUGUUAAUGUUAAGAGGAUGCAGGAAA